UUGCAGCGCUAUUCACCACGAAAUGAUUCAGAUUUAAUACCGUCAAGAGUCAUUGAUACUGCUACUGUUAAUUCUGAUGCAAAUGCCAUCAGUUGUGUUUCAACAACAACGACCACAACUACUACUUCAGAAAUUGAAAUUACAGAAGUCGCAAAAGAAGGUGAAAAAGCGGACCCAUCACAGUUUGAACUCUUAUCUACAAUAGGACAAGGUUCAUUUGGCAAAGUUAUGCUUGUUCGAAAAACUCGUGGACGUGAUGCUGGCGAACUAUUUGCUAUGAAAAUUUUAAAGAAAGCGACUCUUAAAGUUCGAGAUCGAUAUCGCACUAAAGCAGAACGAGAUAUCUUAGCUCGAUUUCGGCAUCCAUUUAUUGUUCGAUUACAUUACGCAUUUCAAACCGAAGGCAAGCUUUAUCUCAUUCUUGAUUUCCUGCCUGGUGGAGACCUUUUCAACCGUCUCUCCAAAGAGAUUAUGUUCACUGAAGAUGAUGUCAAAUUCUAUUUAGCUGAAAUUGCUUUAGCUCUAGGUCACCUACAUUCGUUAGGUAUUGCCUACAGGGAUUUAAAACCAGAAAAUGUUCUAUUAGAUGCCAAUGGUCAUAUUAGCUUAACGGAUUUUGGACUAUCAAAAGAAUCUAUUGAAAAAGAUGGCAAAACUUAUAGUUUCUGUGGUACUGUAGAAUAUAUGGCUCCUGAAGUAGUAAAUCGACGAGGACACACAGUUGCUGCAGAUUGGUGGAGUCUUGGUGUUCUCAUGUAUGAAAUGCUAACUGGUAGUCUUCCAUUCCACGGAAGUAAUCGCCGAGAAACUAUGUCAUUAAUUUUAAGAGCUAAACUAACUAUGCCUCGAUCGUUAUCAGCAGCAGCUCAACACUUGUUACGAGCACUUUUCAAACGAAAUCCAUCAAAUCGUUUAGGCUCUUCAUCUGAAGAUGUGAAACAAAUUAAAGCACAUCCAUUUUUUGAUUCUAUCAAUUGGGACAAAUUGUAUCUCCGACAAGUUCAACCACCAUUUAAACCUCUUUGCACACCGAGCAAUCAUACAUGUUGUUUUGAUCAAGAAUACACAAGAAAAACACCUGAUGAUUCACCAGCUUUACCGCCUUCAGCAACCGCUCAUGAAUUAUUUCGUGGAUUCAGCUAUGUUGCUCCAGCUGUUCUUUCUGCUGAUAAGCCAAGUGAUUGUGCUACUUCUUCUCUUCAAGGAGUGGAGAAAGCAUCAAUUUUUGAUGACUAUAAUAUGAAAGAAAAUCUUGGAGUUGGCUCGUUUUCUUUGUGUAAAAAAUGCGUGCAUAAAAAGACAGGUGCUGAAUUUGCUGUAAAGAUAAUUGAUAAAAGCAAGCGUGACGCUAGUGAAGAAGUGGAUAUUUUAAGACGCUAUUCACAUCACGCAAAUAUAGUAAAGCUAUUUUCUGUCUAUGAAGACAGUUUGAAUAUUUACUUGGUGGAAGAACUGUGCAGUGGUGGAGAACUGUUGAAUCGGAUAAUGACUUUGAAGCAUUUUUCGGAAAGAGAAGCUGCAGCUGUGAUGUUAAGACUUGCAAAUGCUAUUAGUUACUUGCAUUCUAAUCAGGUAGUUCAUCGUGAUUUAAAGCCGUCUAAUAUAAUGUAUGCUUCAAAAACAGCAGAUCCCGAUUCAGUUAGAAUUAUCGACUUUGGAUUUGCAAAGCAGUUACGUGCUGAAAACGGUUUGCUUAUGACUCCAUGUUAUACAGCUCAGUUUGUUGCUCCAGAAGUUUUGAAAAAACAAGGCUAUGAUAUGAAUUGUGAUGUCUGGUCACUUGGAGUGCUACUUUAUACUAUGCUUAGUGGUGAAACGCCAUUUGCAACAAGUGAUGGUGACACACCACAAAAGAUUCUGAAACGUGUUGGUGACGGAAAAUUUUCAUUAAAUGAUGCUGCCUGGAAUAACAUUUCGGAGCAAGCGAAGGACCUCGUUCAGUCUCUUUUACACGUAGAUCCAUCGAAACGUUUAUCUGCUAAACAGAUCCUUAUACAUCCAUGGAUUGUUCAUCGUAAUUCUCUUCCAACCACGCGACUUAACUUUCCUACUGAUCCAUCAAAACUGAAGGUGACUUUCAAACGUUGCAGUCAUUGUCAUCACCAUGCAAAAAAUAGUUUACCUUAA